CCCCAUCUCCUCAUCUGCUCUUAUAUUUUCUCUCCUCUCUCAUCAGUCUCUCUCUCUUUUGCUCUAAUGGAGAAAGGCGAGCCUUCAAUGGCAGCAGAGGUUGACCAAGAUUCGGAAGAAGCCUUCUCCAGCCAUCACCUCAUAGUCCCUCACGGAUUGACUCUGGCCGAGUUCGAAGAGUUAAACCCACUCGUGGUCGAGUUACAUACCUAUCGAAUUGGCCCGGGGAAAUGCUCCUCUCUUCUAGCUCAACGAAUCAACGCCCCGAUCGACGUUGUCUGGUCAAUACUGCGUCGUUUCGAUAAGCCACAAACGUACAAGCACUUCAUCAAGAGCUGCUCCGUCAAGGAGGGUUUUGAAACGACGGUGGGGUGCACGAGGGAUGUGAACGUGAUCUCCGGGUUACCGGCUGCGACCAGUACUGAGAGGCUGGAUAUUCUGGACGAUGACCGGCACGUGACCGGGUUCAGUAUCAUUGGAGGGGAUCAUAGGCUGAGGAACUAUAGGUCGGUGACGACAUUGCAUACCGUUGAGGGUGACGGGAGGAUCUGGACCGUUGUUUUGGAAUCGUACGUCGUUGACGUGCCCGAGGGCAAUUCUGAGGAGGACACGCGUCUGUUCGCGGAUACCGUCGUUAAGCUGAACCUGCAGAAGCUGGCGACUGUCACCGAAGGGAUGGCCCGUGAUGGUGAUUGGUAACGGUAAAUCACGGUCUGUUUAAAACCAAAAUUAAAAAACAAGAGAAAAAAUUCACGAAAAUUUCUUCUUUUUCUUCUUCUUUUCACGAGUUCCUUUGUUAAAACCACUUUUUAGUUUUUUCUCUGCCUUCCUUCUUGUUAAGACUUCGUGAAAUUUCAAAAAUAUCCUUGGUUCAAAGUAGAUUGACAGGGAUGCCAUAUGAUGUGGAUAUUGACAUAUUAUUGUUGGGUUUGGAUGAAUGUGGGAGAGAAGGUGGGAUCGGGGUAAGGGCAUUUCAGUCAAUGUAUUGUACAGAUAAGUUUGAGCUUGAGGAUACUGAUGCCUCUUUUUCUUGUUGUGUUCAAGAUGAAAAUUUCUACUUCUGUUGUUGGGUGCUAUAAAAAGUUGCAAAAGUUCUUUCAAAUUUGUAUCAUAUUAUCUUAUUUGUUUUGGUGAAUGUAGAUGGUUUUACAACUUUAAA